UUUCCUUGAAAAUUAAAAUUGAGAAAGGCUUUUAAUCGGAAAAAAGUAAAGAUAUUUUAAGGCUAGAGAUCUUACUAACGAUAGUACUUGUGGAGAAGACAAUUCAUACAACACAAUGGCAGAAGAUUGGGGAGAACUUAUAACACAGCAGGAAAAAGGACUUGCAGCAAAGAUAGAAAAAAUAGAAAUAAAAAAUACUCCAUCCAUUUCUGGUGACACCCCUUCAGCUCGUUCUAAUCCAGAAUCUGAGGUGCCUAAAGAUGCAGACACGCACAGUGAUGAAUCUGAUGACAAAGCUGUUUCAAAAAGUGACCUGUCCCUGUUACAAAAGCUGCUACAUUCACGACUUGUCAACUCAAAGUCAGAUUUAGAAGUGCUGCGCAAAGAUCCAACAUCUCCCUUGUACUCAGUCAAAUCAUUUGAAGCUCUUCAUUUAAAACCAGAACUUUUAAAAGGUAUAUAUGAUAUGGGAUUCAAUGCACCUUCCAAAAUUCAAGAAACUGCUCUGCCUGCAUUGUUAGCUGACCCACCAGCAAAUAUGAUAGCACAGAGCCAAAGUGGAACUGGUAAAACUGCAGCUUUUGUCCUGACUAUGUUGAGUCGAGUUGAUAUCUCACAAUCUUACCCACAGUGUUUAUGCUUAGCACCAACAUAUGAGCUAGCUUUACAGAUAGGAGAAGUUACUUCCAAAAUGAGUAAAUUUAUGACAGGAAUUGAAAUACAGUAUGCAGUAAGGGGUGAAAGAGUAUCAAGAGGGCAGCAUCUCACCUGUCAUGUGCUCAUUGGUACACCAGGGACAACUCUUGACUGGGCCUUCAAGUUUAGGGCCUUUGAUAUGUCAAAAAUCAGAGUCUUUGUUCUGGAUGAAGCUGACGUGAUGAUCAGUCUACAAGGGCACCAAGACCAGUCACGAAGACUACAGAAAGGUUUAUCCCCUCAUUGUCAGAUGUUGCUGUUCUCUGCCACAUACGAUGCCAGUGUGAUGGAUUUUGCGGAGAAAGUCAUCCCUAAUGAUCCAGUCAUCAUCAAACUGAGACGAGAGGAAGAGAGCCUGGAGAAUAUUAAGCAGUAUUACAUUGAGUGCAAUGACCAGGAGGAAAAGUUUAUUGCCUUGGCCAAUAUUUAUGGGGCUAUUUCUAUUGGUCAGUCUAUGAUCUUUUGUGCGACUAAAAGAACAGCUUCCACUCUUGCUGAAAGAAUGACCAAAGAUGGCCAUGCAGUGGGUCUCUUGUCUGGGGAGUUGCCUAUUGAAAUGAGGGCUGAUAUCAUUAAAAGAUUUAGAGAUGGCAAAGAGAAAGUUCUCAUCACUACAAACGUCUCAGCUAGGGGUAUUGAUGUUGAGCAGGUGACAGUGGUUGUUAACUUUGAUCUACCUUUAACUGUUGACCACAAGCCUGACUGUGAGACGUACUUACAUAGAAUUGGCAGAACAGGGAGGUUUGGGAAAAAUGGCAUCGCUAUUAAUUUUGUUGAUGGUCAUCGUUCUAUGAACACUAUGAGAUACAUAGAAAAACACUUUGGUCGGACUAUAGAAAAACUUGAUGCUGAUGAUCUAGACGCCAUUGAGAAAAUCAGUACUUGUUAAAAGCUUUAGUACUAAUUCCACAAGUAUAUUUUUAAAAGCUUCUGCAGUCGUUAUUCUAACGUAGAGUUUAUGAUCUUUUUAUAUUAGUUACAUUUAGUAUUGCUUUUAUUCUGUAACUCAAGAACAAGACCAAACAACUGUUUUUUUUAUUUAAAUGUGAAGAAUGUAGAAAGUUUUAUAUAUUAAUGUGACUUUUACUAAAUUUUAGCUGCUAUAAAAGGUUCCAGUUAUAAACCUGAAAUGUGUACAUAAAUUAAAGUUUUUUGUUGGUUUUUAUGAGAAGUUGUUUAGAGGGAUUUAAAAUUUCCCCACACUUUGUUUUUUCAAAACAGCUUCAAUAUGACAAUUAAAUUGUUUAUGUAUAACAAUAAAGAGAUUACUUCAU